AAGAAAUGAAGGGCCUUGUGGUUCGCCUAAACUGUCAUGCACAAACAUGAAGCCCGUUCAGCACGAAAAGCUGCCGAGAGCGUUUGGCAUUUUCAGCACAGCAUUUCUGCUGGAUUACCCGGAGCGUUCUUGGACUGAUCAAAGCGUAAAUAUAUUUUGAAGAUGACAUAAGCAUUGUCUAGAGUGACGAAGGAGUGCUCCAGUGUACGCAAUAAUAACAUAGAGGCAGGAAGGAUACUCUGCCUGACAUUCUCGGUCAGCUUCUGUAAGAGAAGUAAGCACACCAUAAACGGCUAAUGUAGGCCAUGUGGAGCCAAUUCUGCGUUGUCUUCCUUGGCUUCCAUUCUGUUGGAGGUGGAUCUGACUUCAAACGAUGUGUGAAGAGAGGCCGCAAGCAGCUGGAGGAUUGAAACUGAGACCUGCCGUUCUCAUCAUCAUGCACAACUGGAAAGUUAUCUCUGACGAUAAUGGAAUCGAAAUCCUGUAUUGCAUAUGGUGUCGAUACUGCGCCUUUCAUACGCCUGUCGCCCUAGACGAGAGUUGAUACCCACUGAGAUGAUCACUGGUCUGGCACCACAGCCAUUUUAGGAGUGCCUCAAUGCCCAUCAGUUUUCUUGUUAUCGACAGGAUUGGUAUUGGAUGCUUGCGAUGAGAUUCCCUCGAACCUGAUGUUCGAGAGAAAAAUGGUUCCACCAAGAAUAAUUAGCCAGGGAGGGUAGGCCAGUAUCUGGUGUCAACUGUGAAUUUCAACAUCAUGUUUACAUGUCUCUGUAUACUCCCAUUCCAGCUCGUGUACACCGCUCGUCCAGUGAAUUGUUGAUCACAAGCAUCGCCCAUUGAGGAGAGGCUGUAAAUUCUCGUUGUUUGGACGGAAUAGGACGAACUAGGGCACAUGAAAUAACACUCGCGAAGCAAAAGUUUCUUUGUGAGGGAUCGUAGAUCCAACCUGUGUAGUGUAGCCAUCGACGAGAGCCAUCUCAAGGAAGGAGCAAUCGGGAGUACUUGUGGAGGUGAUGGACGAGAACAGGCAAGCGCAGGAGGAGGAGAAGCUGGCGCUGACGUCCAUAUACCCGGAGGAUUUUCUCCAACAAAUCGACAGCGGAAACCAGCAAAUUUUAUACCUUGUCAGAUUUGUGGUAGCUCCGGAAGAUGAAGAUGUGCCUCCCACGACAGUGAUAGUCAAAAUCCACUUGCCUCCGACAUACCCGAAGGCUGAUCCACCGGUAUAUGAAGUGAAGGAGGCCUACGGUCAGCCAUCGUGGAUGAGCAAUGAGCAUCGUUGUGUUAUCAGGGAGGAGCUGCAGGCCAUGUUUCACGCCACAGCCAUGGGCGGCAGCGAGCACGGGGUCGUACUCUUCGAGUGGAUUGAGUGGUUGAAGACUUGGAUGGAAAACUCGUGGCUCGAAUUUCUGGUGGAGAAUUCUGAAUUAGUCCAGCGCUUUCGAAGGGAAGCGUCCAGAGAAGAAUUUGCGAUUCUGUCACAAGUGCCAGAUACUAUUGAGUCCAGAGAAGGGCGGCCAGCGGAGCCUUCAGUGAAGCAGCAGCAGGAGGACUUAACUGCAAAUAUGCCUCCUGUGUACCAUUCGAAGGAGCCUCUCGUGGACAGGAAGUCUGUGUUCAUCGCUCAUGUUGCUCCUGUUUCUUCAGUGCACGAGGUCCAGCAAGUGAAGCAGUACCUCCUUUCCAACCCCAAAAUUGCCAAAGCCACUCAUAAUAUUUUGGCUUAUAGAAUUGUUCAACCUCGUUCCAGCAAGGGGAAGCAUGCAAUUGAAGGAGAAACUGUUAUUUCCGACUGUGACGAUGAUGGCGAAAACGCGGCUGGUGGCAGAUUGUUGCACCUACUGGAGAUGUGCAAAUGCAAGAAUGUUGUGGUCGUUGUUUCUCGAUGGUAUGGAGGCACAUUGCUCGGUGCAGACCGGUUCAAACACAUCAACAACGUGGCCAGGGAAUUACUGAAUGCGCAUGGAUUUGUUUCUUAGAUAGAUUUCAACCUUUGGCUCGUGAUAAAUUUGGAUUACUAUCCUUCACACAUACACCACAACUCUAUUUAUCCUAUUAGUCAAUCUUACUGUGUGAGGCUUAGUGAUACCGACUGUGCAAAUGGCUGCUGCAAAACAGCGGGACAGUUUGAGGAAUUUCUGACGUCUGCACUGAAACAUAUGAUCAAUCAGAUCUCAAGGAUUUGCUUUUCAGGUUCAGAAUUUGGGAAGCGUUCAGGAGAUGAAAUUCAAUUGUUAAUUUGUUGAGCUAGAAGAGAACAAAGCAGACUCAACAGUCUAACAUCCGUCAUUACUGUCGAGAGCCACAUCGAUGUUCUCCAAAUUGGGAGUUCUGCACUACAGCAGCAGGUUGAAGGAGAUUAUUGAAACAGAAAGCUGCCAUCACAGAGGGAUUUAGCAGAAGAUAAACAUCUGAACAAGGUAUCUCAAGUUCAGUCCGAAAGCUUGUUAGUAGAAGGGAUUGACGACUCGACAGUGUACAAACGUUCACCUUUUCUGACAUCAAAUUUAUGAUUUUUAGUGUCAUAUCUCUUCUGUGUUUAGGACAGUAGUUCUUCUUGGAUUUCACUUAGAUGAACUUAUAUUCAAUUUCAAGCUCUCACUCCUUGUGUUAAAGACGAAACCUGUUGCAUAUUUAGUCAGAUGACUAUCUUGCAGAUUUUUUUACACUCCACAAGGAUUUUGCAAACAUUGUGAACGCAUGUUCCAGUUCCAGCUAUCUAGAUUUACUUUCAAACUUCGCAGUGAGAACUGUAUAGGCCUUUGCACAUAGUUAGUAUGUUCAUAGUCGCGGCUGGAUUUUUCCGUACUCCACACAGUCCUGAACUCUAUCCUUUUUGGAGCGAUUACUUGGAAGGGGAAACUGCGUUAAGAAGCUUGAUCCGUAGAUUUCGUAUCACUGUCAACAUCUU